AUGAAUAUCCAAAUAUCACCGGCACAAUUCCCCGAAGAUGCCGAUUCUAUCCUCUCAUUAUUUCUUGGCUAUGCCGCAUCCCUCUGCAUUGACCUCACUUUUCAAUCGUUCCAAGAGGAACUUGAUUCCCUCCCAGGGAAAUAUGCCCCAUCACAAGGGGGGUCUCUCUUGAUCGCACGGGUGGGCACGGGUAUUCGAGGAUAUAAUACGAACGGACUAGUCGACUUAAUAUCUUCCCCGCAGUUCCCCUCUGCCCUCGGAUGUGUGGCCCUGCGGCGCAACUCUGAUGACUGGUGCGAGAUGAAGCGUCUUUAUGUUCUCAAGGAAGCUCGCGGAGAACGUCUGGGUGAAAAACUUGUCGAAGCGAUCCUUGCGCAAGCUAGAGAUCUGGGCUACCGCGGGAUGCGCCUAGACACACUCCCUGAAAUGAGAGCGGCACAACGGUUGUAUCGGAAAUAUGGAUUUGUGGAUAUUGAACCGUACUAUGAGACUCCAAUUCAAAGAACAGUUUUCAUGGGUUGUGAAUUUCUAUGA